GUAUUUGAGAUGGGUACGAAAACAAGUCAGUAAAAAACACAUAUGAGGACAGGCAAAGUGCAGUGUUAAACGCUUUAACUCACUCUUAGUUUGUCAGUAUAAAAGGAAAAGGUUAACGCACUAAUCCGAUCUUCAGAUUGCGCUGAAACAUUUUUGAUUGUGGCAAUCUUCAAUGGGGACGGAAGAGUAAAGACAAGUGGCCCAGGAAUAAUGGCACUAACAAGAUUUGUGAAGAAAUUGGGAUUGGACCAUGUAGCUUUAGCGUAUGCCAUGACCACACUGGGAUCGUGUAUGAUAAAUAAUAUAUUCAGCUUUUACUAUGUGAAACUAUUCCUUAAUAAAUAUAAGAUAUCCGAAAGUGCGUUUCACCAGUCACAAGUGGUCUUCAUGAUCUGGAAUGCAGUGAAUGAUCCUCUUUUUGGAUACCUGCAGGAUAACUCCAAAGUCUCUUGUUGCUCUAAACGGCGGCUCUCCAUUUUGUAUGGUGCUCCUCUGUAUUCAUUAGCUUUUCUUCUGGCCUGGUUCCCAUGGCGGUCAUAUUAUCCUGGUGACUGGAUGAGCGGGGCUCAGCUGAUGGUAUCACUGUGUGCUUUUGAUGCCCUCCUGACAUUUGUGCUGUUGGCACAAUGUGCAUUGUUUGCUGAGAUAUCAAAUCAUCAUCAAAGUCGCCUUCGUCUCGUGAAAUACAGUCAGGUUGCUUCCCUCAUUGGCUCCUCCAGCAUCCUCUUUUCUGGUGUAGUGUCCACAAAUAUGGAGGACUUUGCUUCAUUCCAGGCUUUUACUGUUGUCAUCGCUGCUCUGAGCUGUGGGUGCAUGCUCUACACAGGCUUCCACUGUGAAAGUCGCUUUGAUAACAAACUCACUGAGUCAGAGGACCGAGUGUCAGAUAAUUUAGGUGAUUCUCUCAGCCUAAUGAAAAGUCAAAUAUGGCAGAUCCUUACCAACCGAGAUUUUCAACUUUUUGUGCUUAUGAACUUUUGCCAAGUUUUUAUUUUGGCUUUUUUCAAUAAUUUUACCUUGAUCUUCACUGAGCACUUAAUUCCUCCGGAUGUCUUGCCAACAUUGGCUAAGAGCAUAAUGUAUGGAGCAGGAUUUAUCUGUCCACAGUUAUUGGUAUUGUCCUGCCAACGUCUGCUCCACAGUGUUGGUUACUACAGAAUCAUUCUCAUAACCUUCUAUGUGGAAACAGGGAUGGGGGUCGCCAUGCUUGCUCUUGGACCUCAGCAUUACUAUAUACUUGCGCUUUUUCUGACCAUUAACAUGAUAAUAAUUCAAGCAGCGUUUAGUCUCUUUGGUUUACCGCUGGCUGACAUAAUUGACUCUGACCUCCAGAAGCACAAGCGCAGUUGCCCGUUGUCCUCAAUGGUUUUUGGGACCAAUGCAUUGUUCACUAAACCAGCACAGUCCUUGGCGCCAAUGAUUGUGCUUACUAUCCUCAACCAGUUUGGAUAUGAGCAGCUCAAAGAAGCAGUCAAGGAAUCAAGUCAAAGUGACCUGGAAAGCCUCCACAAGAUCAUGUUCUAUCUGGUCUGCCUUGUACCACUGACUGUUUCAGGUCUUCAAAUUUUGUUUUUUAAGCCUUUUUCUAUACGUGACAGCCACACAGUUGAUCCAAAGUACAUUGAUGGCUAAUUAAGAAUAAGACAAAAGAGGGGAGGAUUUUUAUGUGAAUAUAUUUGUUUGUAGUGCUAUCCUAGCACCAUAUAUGAAAUAUUUCUACAUACUCUACAUAUCAGUACAUUCCAAACAGUAUGUAAAAGUUCACAAUAAGCCAGGUUGUGCUCGGCAUUUCCAUGGUUUGUAAUGGGCCUCUCACUUCUGGAAACAUUCUGUGAGUGAACCACAGAUGUUUCUUAGACAUUUUGAUAAAUAUCAUCAUGUGAACUAUUUGACUCUGCAUUUGCAACCUGAAAU